AUGGUACGUGUUGCUUGUUUAUUGGUUGUAAUUUUGUUUGCAAUAAGAUCAGAAGGGUCAAUAGGUAUGAAUUGGGGAAGACAAAGUGCGCAGAGAUUGAUUCCGUCGACGGUGGUCGAUUUAAUGUUGCAGAACGGGAUCGGAGACGUCAGAAUCUACAGUUCUCAGCCGGACAUUUUAGAGGCUUUCGCCGGAAGUGGGAUUAACAUAACCGUACAAAUCAUGUUUUUGAAUAUAAUCAACAGUACCCAACAAGCCCGGGAUUGGGUCGGGCAGAAAAUCGACCCGGUUUACUACAGCACCAACAUAAGGCGUAUUUUUCUCGGAAACCACGAAUUCAAGCCGGCGUUAAAGACCGGCGGCAACACGAGCUCAGCCGAAGCCGCGCUAGAUCUAAUGGAACUGAUGCAAAGCGCUUUAAACAACGCCAGCUACGGUGACCAAAUCAAGGUUACAUUGCCCCAUCCCGAUAUCGUAAUCACCAACGUAACGAGACCCUCCUAUGCCGAAUUUCGGAGCGAGAUCAAGGAGCCGAUGGCGAGGCAUCUCAGCCUCCUCCGCCAGAGCAACGCCCCCUUCGUCGCCGAAGUCUUCCCCAUCGAGUACAUAAAAUUCCACCCUUGGUUGGACUUCAGUUUCGCCUUCGCUGACAACAAAUCCAAGACCGUCAUCCGCGACAUAAACGGGGCCGUGUACACCAACAUCUUCGACUACCUGUACGACUGUUUCGUCUGGGCGCUCCGAAAGGCCGGAGCGCCCGACCAGGAGAUCGUGGUGAGCCAGAUCGGCUGGCCCACCGACGGAUACCCGGGGGCCGACGCCGCCACGGCCGAGCGUUUCUACAAGUACCUCCUCCCUCACGUGGCUAGCGGAAGAGGCACCCCCAUGCGACCGGGCAAGCCAAUCGAAAUCUUCGUCCACUGCCUCACCGACGAACCUAAAAACCCUUUCAGCUACCCCUUCGCCCGCCACUGGGGGAUUUAUCGAUCCAACGGCGAGCCGAAGUUCAAGAUUGACCUUUCGGGACAAGGGCGGGACAUCUAUCCCGUCCGGGCGAAGGGGAUCAUGCGGAUGCCCCAACGGUGGUGCGUGUUCAACGGGGACACGAGGGAUGAAUUUAAGGUGAAGGCUCAGUUCGACGAUGCGUGUCAGCGUGCCGACUGCACGAGCCUAUCGCCGAGCGGCUCGUGCAGCCAGCUGGAUUACAACAAGAACGUAUCGUACGCGUUCAAUAUGUACUUCCAGAGUAUGUUUCAAAACGAGACGUCGUGCGAAUUCGACGGGCUAGGGGAGGUGGUCCCCACGGACCCGUCGGAGGGUAGUUGUGUCUUUCCGGUGGAGGUUGUCAGAGGUCAGCAAAUCAAUUUUGACACCGAUGCGGCGGGAGAACGACUCUAUUACUUGCAUCCUAAUAAAUGUGUAGCCAUGAGCAAAUCAGAAAGUAGGUUACGCAACCAAGUCGUUUCGGCGAUGGCGUUUGCGACAACUCGAUAUUCAGCAUUUGCAAUAGAUCAAGAAGUGGUGACCUGUCGUUCGGAGGACCAAGAAAUGAGGUUGUUGCCGUGA